ACAAAGAAUCAUGAUAGUGGGACCUCGACUGGUUGGGAAGAGCUCAUCUGGAAAUAGCAUCCUGGGUAAGAAAAACUUUGAGGCUGGACACACGACUUCACACAGUGUGAAAAGACAGGGUGACAUCACCGUAAGACAAGUCACAGUGGUGGACACACCCGGGUGGCAUGGGCGAUACUGCACUGAGGACACUCCUGAAAUAGUAAGAAUUGAGAUUACCCAAGGUGCAUCUCUUUGUGCUCCCGAGCCGCACGCUGUCCUCGUGGUCGUACGCUGUGACGAAACAUUCACAGAGACGGACAGGUCAAGAGCAGAAGAAAAACUGAAUCUGAUUGGUCGGUCAGUCUGGAGUCAAGCUAUAGUGUUGUUCACCUGGGGAGACAAGCUUGGCGACACAGCCAUCGAACUUCACAUCGAGAGAUGGCCUGCCCUUCAGUGGCUUGUUGAUAAAUGUAGCAACAGGUACCAUGUCUUUGAUAACACAUGCCCGGCUGGAGGCCCUCAGGUCACAGAACUUCUGGAGAAAAUUGAGGAGACAGUGGUGGGAAACGAUAGUGAACACUGGCUCAAAAUGUACUGGGAGCUCAGGGAGAGCAACAAGAAGUUAACAAAAAGCUCUGAGGAGAUUGGGAGAAGACUAGAGGAGGAAGAGAGGAAGAAUGACAAGCUUAAAAGGAUGAUUGAAGAGAAAGAGAGGAAAGUAGAGGAAAUAGAUAAGCGACAUGAGAAGAAAGAUGGAAUGUUGAAAGAGAUGGAGCAGAGAAACACAAUGAGAGAAAAGGAGAUAGAAGACAUACGUAUGGAGUAUGAAAGAGAGAAGGAAUCCCUCAAACAAAUGUGUGUGGAGAAAGACAGAGCAUUGGAUCAGAUGGAGAGGAAGCAUGAAAGAGAAAGUAAAGAACUGAGAGACAAGAUAGAAAACCUGGAAAAGAGAAAGUUUGAAAGAGAAGAGGAGUUGAAUGCCAUGAUUGUUGAGAUACAGGAGUUACAAGAGAACAAACAAAGGUAUGAAAUGAAAGAAGUGAAGAUAUCAAUGCUAGAGAACAAUGUAGCGGAGUUUAAGCAGCAGAAUAAAGUGAGAGAAGACAUGAUCAACCAUGUGAAGAUGAAGGAGGAUCGAAUACAACUACACAGAGUGGAAUCUACAGCACCUGCGGACAUGGUGGACAACUCUUAUCUAAAGACUCAAAAUAGAAAUUUGAGAAAGACACAGAUGUUGUCACAGAAGGAUGGUGAGAGGCAGAGGGACACAGCAGGACGAGAGCAGAGAGUUGGAGAUGAACAGAGAGAAACACCAUGGUUGAAGGUUGGGGCAGCAGUACUGGGGGCAGUGGUUGGGGCCAUGGCUGGUUCUGUGAGGGCACCACUCAGUGCAGCCACAGGGACUACUAUAGGGGCUGCAGCAGGGAUUUUGCUAGGGAGUUUGCUGAUACAAAAGGAAGAGGCCAGAGAGAAUAAAGUGGAGUCUGAUUCCCCUGAUUAAUUAAAAACUUCUUCAGGAUUGGUGGGUCCCCAGCAGGACGUUUGAGCUAACGUAGGCUAAUGCAAUUAGCAUGAGGUUGUAAGUAACAAGAACAUUUCCCAGGACUUAGACAUAUCUGAAAUUGGCAAAAAGCUUAAAUUCUUGUUCAUCUAACUGAACUGUCAAAUUUACAGUAGCUAUUA